AUGGAUAAAUCCGGUGCCGAACAAAUCGAGUACCGGGACACCUCCAGGAAGGCUCUGGACUCGGACCAGGAUGUUCUCUAUCAGGCAUAUGCUUCCAAGAGCCCAGAAUGGCAUCAAAAGAUGACUCGUACCCUUCUGCGCAAAGUAGACUCGCACUUGCUGCCAUUCCUUGUCCUGAUGUACUUGCUCAACUUUCUCGAUCGCAAUAACCUUUCUCAGGCGCGUCUGGGAUCCCUAGAGAAAGAUCUGGGCAUGAAAGGCACCGACUAUAAUCUGGCCACAAGUAUCUUGUUUGUUGGGUACCUACUCAUGCAAUUACCCUCCAAUCUUCUACUCACUCGCAUUCGACCAUCACGAUUCCUGGGUGUUGCAAUGGCAAUUUGGGGUAUUAUUUCAGCUUGCCAGGCGGCUACCCAAUCAUUCGCCGGACUCGUGGUCUCUCGGUUCUUUCUUGGAUUCGUCGAGGCGCCGUUCUUCCCAGGCGCCGUCAUGUUGAUGUCGAGUUGGUACACCCGACAGGAGUUGAGUCACCGUAUUGCCUGGUUUUACUCAGGAAGUUCCCUUGCCAACGCCUUUGGUGGUUUGAUCGGUGCCGGCGUUCUUGGAAACCUGGAUGGAGCGCAUGGAAUUGCCGGAUGGCGAUGGCUGUUCAUUAUCGAGGGAUGCAUCACGGUGGGAGUCUCUGUCCUGGCCGCGAUCUUCCUUCCCAAUUAUCCUGCAACAACUUCUUGGUUGGAUGACCAAGAGCGGGCUUACGCUCAGUGGCGCCUCAUUCAUGAUGCUGGUGAGGCCGACGAUGCCACCUCUAGCAGCAUCAAGGAGGCUCUGGCUAUGGUCUUUGCCGAUAAGCGCAUCUACCUCUUUAUCCUGCUGCAGCACACGUCACUGCUAUCUCAGAACUUCCAAUACUUCUUCCCGACUAUCGUCAAGACUCUGGGUUAUGGCAACAUUGAGACCCUGCUCAUUACCGCACCUGUUUGGAUUGCCACCUUCCUAGUCUCGUUGGUUGUGACCUACACGUCUGGCAAGACGAACGACCGCAGCCUCCACAUUAUCUGCCUGAUGCUUGUUAGUGUUGUAGGCGGUAUCAUCUGCACAGCAACUACCAACACUGGUGCCAAAUUCUUUGCCAUGUUCCUGAUGCCAAUGGGAGCUGUAUCCGCAUACCAAAUCAUCAUUGCCUGGGUUGCAAACUCCUUCCCUCGACCCUUGGUCAAACGUUCGGCAGCAAUUGCCAUUGCCAACAUGCUUGGCAAUACGGCUUCAAUCUAUGGUAGUUAUAUGUGGCCGUCUUCGUCGGGUCCUCGAUAUAUUCCAGGAGGCAGCGCUACUGCAGCGAUUGCGCUUUUAGUUGCGCUGAUUGCCCUUGUGAUCCGUUUGGUCCACCAAAAGAUGAACCAGCGGCUUGAAGCAGUGGAGUCGAGUGAGGAUGUUCCUCCUGGUGAUAACUUGGAGAGCCGGGCGGUCGGGUUCCGCUACAUUUUGUGA